AUGUCACGACUACACAAAGACAAUUCCUCAAUAGCUGACUACAUGCGUGAAGUUCGACAAAUUGUUGACACACUAUCUAUUCUAGACAAAGAGCUAGAUCCUGAUGAGGUAACCGUACAUGUACUGAAUGGUCUGGACAAAGAUUAUAAGGACAUAGCUGCUACCAUUAAUGCGAGAGAGCCAUCUCUCACAAUAGAUGAACUUCAAGAGAAACUUGAAGCAAUCGAGUUCCAGAUCAAGGCUAACCAAACACCUCACCAACUUUCCUCUCCAGCGACUGCCAACUACACUGCCAACAAGUCAUCUAUGUCAAGAAGUGGGUCACUCGGCAAUCGAUGGUCGGAUCUUCACUUCUCCUUCUCCCUGAAGAAUCAGCACCACCUUUUGAAAGAGAGUUCUAGAGAUGUCUUAUUUAGUCCCACUACUUGA